CACACAAGUAAUCGGAAACCAAAUAUAGAUAAUUUUUAGCCAAAUUGGCUAUAUUCCUAUGUACUACUAAUAAUAAAACCUUUUUUUUUUUUUUUCACAUUCCAAUAAUAUUUUUUACUUUUUGGGGGAAAAAGACAAAACCCAAUCCCUAUUGAAUACAAUGAGACCCUUUUUCUUCUUUCUUCUUUAGGGGGAUAAGAAGGCAAUAGGGUUUUCUCUUCGCAAUUUCUCUCUUUGGAUAGAGAAAGUCUCUUCUUCUUCUCCCUUUCUGGGGUUGAAGAAAAAAAAAUUUUAAAAAAAGAAAAAAAAUUAACGAAAACCCUUUUGUAUUCCAAAUUUUUGGGACAUAUAUACCCCUCUUAAUGGAUUCGGGUUCAUGUGCAGCUUAUUUGACAAUGGUGGAUCCAUUCUUGGUUGAAGCUCUUCAAAACCCACGUCAUCGUUUGACAAUUCUACGAAUGGAACUCGACAUUCAGAAGUUCUUGCAAAACUCUGACAUGCAACAGUUUGAGUUUCCACAUUUUCCGACUUCCUACCUCCGGCUUGCAGCUCACCGUGUUGCUCAACACUAUGGUUUGCAGACUACAGUUCAGGAUAAUGUUUUGGAUGGUCAGGGGGCCAAAAUCCUGGUGACAAGAAAGCCUGAAAGCAAAUACCCUGCUGUGCGUUUAUCGGACGUCCCACCUAAACAGUCUGACAAUGACAAAUACGAGAAGAUGAAAAUAGUAAUACAACCAAGGCCGAGUAACACCUCCGCAAAAGAUAGUGAAUCGGGUGCAAAACGCAGUCAAGUAAGAACCGUCGAGGAGAGAAAAGAGGAGUAUGACAGGGCACGUGCACGUAUUUUUAAUAGUCCUAUUAACUCUGAGUCGAGAGAUACGUUGGUUCGUGUUACUUCUGACCUCAAGAACACCAUAGAUGAGAAUGAAUGUUCAAGUAGGUUACUCUUGGAUAUGGAGAAAAGCCUCAGCAUCAGAGAAGGUGGUACUUCUUCCCGAGUUGCCAUCUUCAGGGACAGGGAGAAAGAACUGAGUGAUCCUGAUUACGACCGAAAUUAUGUUAGAUACGUUAAGAGUGUCCCAUCAGGUCAGUGCUUUAGCGUGCCACCUUUUGAUGUGCAGAAGUUUCAGCCUCCAUAUGUGCAUUACGAUCCUGGUUUUGCUCAGUUGAGUCAGCUGCCCAAUGGUCAAGCUUCACCAAACUACAGGAACCCUGUUCUUGGCCCGUAUCAUGCCAUGGGAUUUAAUCAGACCUCCAAUGAUGGAGUAUUCAUGCAGUGGCCAACUCAGAGCAUGAUUUAUGCACAUUCGUAUGAUCAAGUUAGACAUGCUUUCUUUCAGCCUGCUUUCUGUCAGCAACCGCUAAGCUUUGGUUACUCCCAGAACCACAGCUGAUAUUCAAGAAACGGUUCAGAGAAUGUCUGUAAUGGGGAAUGUAAUUUUUGCUCUCUCUUAGCACGUUAUCCUCGUUUAGGUUAAUUGUGAUAGACUCUAUUAAACUUGGUCCCCUUUUGUUUUCAUUUUUUUGGAACUCAGUUCGAGUGGACGAAUUAAGUAACUGACUUUGAGUCUCUAUUGCAGUAAUGCUACUUCAUAUUAACUACUA